CGAAAAUUGACGGCAGAAGAAAAUUUUCGAUGUAACGUCGAUUUUAGUGUUGUCAUAUUGGCAAUAGUUGACGGGCGAUUGUUUCCUGACUCGGAGCUACGUUCUCGGUGAAAAUCAACGCUUAACCAAUUUCAUUUCAUGUUGAGUGACAAGCGGUUUCAAAAAUCUUAAAUACAUAUUCCGCAGUAUUUUUUGCGAUAUUUCAGAAUUGUUAUUAAACAACAAUUAAAAUGAGCGAACUGGUUUGGGGGAUCAAAAACGGGGAUCUUGAUCAAGUACGGGACAUUGUCGAGAACAAGGAUAUAGACGUGAAUCAAAUGAUUGAUGGGAGAACACCGUUACAUUAUGCUGCUGAUUAUGGCCAAGGUGACGUGCUCAGAUAUCUUUUGGAAAAGGGAGCUGAUGCAAAUGCAACAGACAAACACGGAAUUACAACUCUUUUAGCAGCAAUUUGGGAAGGACACACGAAUUGUGUGAAGUUGUUACUCGAAAGAGGGGCAAAUCCUGAUGGUUCGACACCAGAUGGCACGAGUUACAUUGAGGCAGCUGAGAAGGACGAAAUCAAACAGCUGCUCAAAUCUCACUAGCAUCAAAUCAAAUAAUCGUCAAGUUUUAAUUUUAGAUUUUUAUGUUCCUCAUAGGAGAUUACCAUUGCUUUUAUUCACUUUUAGCAUGUCAAAUUGCUGUAGAUUACUUUAUGUAUUCUAAAGAAGGGUAGAUGAGCGCUAAUAUUAGGAUUAUAUAAUAUAUUAUUUUUUAUGCUGGUGUAGAGUUUACUGAAAUAUCCACAACGAGUUUAUCUAAAAGAAAAACCUGUCAAUUAUUUUGGCAUACCUAUACAAAUAUUGCCUAAUUUUGAUAAAAAAUUAUAAUUUUAACAUUUUAAGUGACGCCUCCAAGUAACUAUCUAUGUGCUUUGACCAAUGGUUAAAUUACUUGCAUUAGUUCUAUUGUUAAACGCGACGGAAUUUUUAUCUGUUGAAUGUGUUAUUUAAUCUCGCUGAUUAGGUUUGCUAUUUUAUUCAACCUAUAGCUUCAAGAUGAGAACAAUUAGCUACGUGUACAAGUUAUAAUAGUACGCUUUAUUGAUGUACUUCGUAUUUUUAAUAAUAAAAAAGAUAUUUGCGCUAUAA